UUCAUCACUCCCCAUUUUCUAACCCCCUACCACAACGCAGAACGCACACACGCUCUCUCUCUCUCUCUCUCUCUCUCUCUCUCAUCUGAAUAUUCCUAUAUAUAAUCACCACUCAGUCUCAGCGUCUCCUACUCCCCCAUGGGAAGCUUGAACAUGAAGGUCCAUCAGCUUGCACGUGGGCUUUGGGAGCACGAACCAUCCCUCACACUUGGCUGCAAGCGCCUACGGCCGCUUGUACCCAAGCUUACAAACGGUGACAGUGUCUCCAAUCUUGAUCUCAAAAGUUUCAUCAAGCCUGAAAGUAGCCCUAAGAAGCCUGCAGGAUCCACGGAUGAGAAGCGACAACCUGUUCAGGUGGAGGCUCCUUCCGGUGGAACGAGGUGGAACCCAACACAGGAACAGAUAGGGAUCCUAGAGAUGCUCUACCGUGGUGGAAUGCGAACUCCCAACGCGCACCAGAUAGAACAAAUCACUGCUCAGCUUGGCAAGUUUGGAAAGAUCGAAGGGAAGAACGUUUUCUAUUGGUUCCAAAACCACAAAGCCAGGGAGAGACAGAAACAGAAACGCAACAGUUUGGGUCUCACCCAUUCUCCAAGGAUAGCUCCGCCCACUACCACUGUUACCUUGGAUCCCGGUAGGGAAGUAGAAAGAGAGGAAGAUAGUCACUACAAACGGAAACACCGAAGCUGGGGGGUGGAAUUCUUUGGAGAGGAUAGCAGCAGGUUGUGUGGAGGAGAGGAGGGAGAUAAAACUCUGGAGCUCUUCCCUUUACAUCCGGAAGGCAGAUGACGAUCGAUGGGUUUUGAAUUUUGCUUCUAGUCUCUCCUUGUUGUUAUUUGAUUUACUUUCUUUCUUUUUCUUUGUUUGGGGAAAGAAGAAAGUCGGGUAAGUUGUUAAAUUGUCAAUGUAUUGGCUCCUCUCCUACUAUAUCUCUGACCAACCAAGCGCUUUUCUACUCUUUAUUCGUUAAUGGCGGAUCCUUUUUUGACUAA